AUGGCUGAUACCGAGCUCAAAGCCGAGGAGCCUGUCCACAUCGAAAGCCGGAUUGAUCCGAAAUGCGACCUGAGUGCUUUAAAUACUGAAGAUGCGGAGUUUCUGGCUUCAUUCACCGAGGCCCAACGCAAGCGAGUCGACAUUCGACUGAUUCCAAUGCUGACAAUCUUGUACCUCAUCUCAUUUCUAGACCGAUCGAAUAUUGGCAAUGCGAAAAUCGAAGGUUUGGAUACCGACCUUCAACUAGAUGGCGUCAAAUACAACAUUGCUCUCUGCAUCUUCUUUAUUCCGUAUAUACUUCUAGAAAUUCCCUCGAAUUGGAUGCUAUCCAAAGUCAAACGUCCGUCGCUGUUCCUUGGAGCAAUGAUUAUAGGAUGGGGCAUUGUGAUGACAUUAUCUGGCCUUGUCCAGAACUAUGCCGGCCUUUGUGUUACGAGGCUGUUCCUCGGGGCUUUCGAAGCUGGCUUCUUUCCUGGUGCGAUAUACCUUGUGAGUGCCUGGUACCUGCCAAAUGAGUCGCAGGUACGGAUUGCAAUAUUCUAUUGCUCGAGCGCAACCGCGGGCGCCUUCUCUGGCCUUCUAGCUUAUGCCAUUGCCAAAAUGGAUGGAGUUGGCGGCUAUGGGGCAUGGCGCUGGAUCUUUAUCAUCGAAGGUCUCGCAUCCAUCAUCGCUGGCGUUGUCGCAAUGCUGCUGAUGCCGGAUGCGCCUGGAUCGUCUGGUUAUUUCCUUGGCCCAGAGGAGAUUCGCUACCUACAGGUUCGACAACUUGCAGUCCCUGGGAGACGCCACCAUGGACAAGGAGAAGGCGGUCACAAGUUCGAUUGGAAGAAUCUUGUCAAAGUCCUCAAAGAUUGGCAAAUGUAUUUGUUGGCAAUCGUCUAUCUAUCGAGCACAGGCCCAAACUAUGCCCUCAAAUUUACAAUGCCACAAAUUAUCAAGAACAUGGGCUAUCAAUCAUCGAUGGCACAAGUUUUAACAAUCCCUCCCUACACUGUUGGGGUAAUUGCGACUAUAAGUUCAGCAAUGCUCGCAGACAGAAUUACUUGGCGCAUGCCGUUUGCAAUUGUAGCUGAUCUUUGCAUGAUUGUUGCCCAUGCAAUAUUGUAUGUUUUUGGACCAACACAGAAACAGCACAUACCUGCUUGUUAUUUUGCGCUUUGCCUUGCAUGUGUGGGAUUCUACCCUAUCCCGCCGACUGUCAAUGCAUGGCUCAUUAGUAAUACCGCGCCUCAGAACAAGAGGGCCAUGGCGAUCGGAUAUUUCGUCGGUCUAGGCAACAUUGGCGGAAUAUUUGGAUCUUUCAUCUACAGAGACAGCGAGGCUCCAAAAUAUCCAAGUGGGUAUGCUACUGCAUUCUCUCUAGCAUGUGCUGGCAUUGUUUCGUCUCUCAUCUUGGAGUUCUGCUACAAGAAGAUCAAUGACAAGAGGGAACAUGUUACGGAGGAAGAUGUGAGGAGACAACACAGUGAAGAGGCAUUAGAAGAAAUGGGAGACAGGUCGCCUCUGUUUCGAUAUUCAUACUGA